AUGAGCUCUGAUGAGAGCAAGACUGAAGAUUAUGGACUCCCAGUCUUUCGGCUCAAGACGAUGCUGUGGAGAGCUGAUUUCAGUCAUGAAUUGAAAAUCAUCGACGAACAGCGUUUAGCGGGGGCAGCUGUCUUCACUCCCAGGGGAAGUAAGCCCGCAAAGCGUCUUCAUAAUGCCAAGCGGGAGUCUGUUCGGCCAGCAGUUGCAGGUUUGCCUAGAUCAUUCUACAAUUUAUCGUGGUUGAGCGGCCAACGUCCGUCGUUCAAGCGCGCUCCCUCCCUCAUCAAAAUACAUAUCAAGCUUGCGCAGUCACUUAAGUUGUCAAUGUCUCAGUUGGAUACCCUCCUGGCAUUCCAGCAAGUGAACCUAAUGCGCGUUCAUGGGAGAUUGCAGUACAUCAAGAAUUGUUCUGAGGGAAAACAAUCCGCAAAUUUCUUCUAA